AUGCAGGAAUAUCGGGCUCAUUCUCUAUUCCAGCCAUCUAACCUAUCCAAAGCCCUGACGAUGACACUUGACGACUCGGGCUGUAGUAUCAGUCACAUACACGGUGUAACAUUAUCGAUUCCACACACAGAAAUGGCGCGCAUAGUUUCGGUUCUUGGAUACGAUUUUGUCAUGGUUGAUGCUAGUCACACUGCCAUCGAUCCCGAAACACUCGUUCAGCUCAUACGAACCAUUAAUUUUUGCAGUGAGGGAAGAACUGUCGCCGUAGUACGCGUUCCGUCUGCACGUUCUGACUUACUCACAUACUCUCUCGAUGCCGGGGCGGCUGGUAUCAUAUUCCCUCACAUAGACACGCCGGAAGAAGCAGCAGAAGCCGUACGCGUGACAAGAUAUGCGUAUUCAGGUGGGGAGCGCUCAUUGUCACCCUUCACCCUCCUGCCUGGUAUCACAGAUCUCGCCCCUGGCUCGUCACAUGAGCUCGUAGCUGAUGCGCACGUUGCGGUGAUUUGUCAGAUAGAAAGCGCAAUUGCCGUCAAAAAUGUCGAGGCAAUUGCUAGUGUACCAGGUAUCGACUGUUUGAUGCUGGGAAUUAAAGACUUGCGUGUCACACUGGGGGUUCCCUCUCAGCGCACGGGUGACAUGGAAGAUCCAAAGGUAGCAGAAGCCGUGAACCAACUAGUUCGCGCCGGUCAGAAAUUCAAAAAACCACUAAUGGCAGCAGCAUUCAAUGGUUCGAAACAACCAGAUCAGUGGGUGGAGAAUUUUAGUAUGUUGCUCAGUGGACUUGAUGUAACUGUGCUUUCGAAUAAGCUUGUGGCCGACCUCUCGGAUGUGAAAGAAUUCUUAGAGCACCAAAAGGUAGGUAAAAACAAGGGUUGA